AGACAACCGAAGGAAAUCCGUCAUUUCCGUUCUGUACAGAAAUUCCAUUGGGGUCUCCUUACUGAUCUCGGAGCAGAUUACAGGUACUCCACAGUUAACAGCGGAUGUAGUAGUUGGCUUUGUAUAAUAUGAGCACAGAUCUCAGAUCGGGUAUUUGUAUGCGUUUUUGCCCUCGUCUUUUACAUUGUAUAAACUUCUGCCAGGACUUCCGUAACGAGCACUGGCUGUAGUAACCGGUCCAAAAUCAUGGCAUUGGGUCUAUCAUAUCAAACGACGGGAUGUCGAGUGUUAAGUCGUGUCUUCCUCCAGAAAGGUGUCAGCAAUUAUGCUGUCUGCAGAUUCACACACAGCACGUUGUCAGGACACACCAGUUCCGUACACACAGACUCAUCGUGGAAAGUCUAUGGGCUGCCGGCGAAACUGCGUUGGAGUUCCACAUGCAGAUCACCAUGGUCUCCUGUCCACAACUUGCGAUCAUUUUCGUCUCUACCUCCACCGCCCUCUUCUGGCGACAAAUCCAAAAAGACAGGGCCAGUAACCUGGAAGUCGUUAGCGAUAACGUUCGCUCUCGGCGGCGCUCUCCUGGCUGUGAUGAAGUACUUCAAGAAGGAGAAAGAAGAACUGAUUGAGAAAGAGAGGACCAAGUCGAUAGGGAAGCCGGCUUUGGGGGGGCCGUUCUCCUUGGUGGACCACAACAACAAGCCCUGCAAGAGCGACGACUUCCUCGGCCAGUGGGUGCUCAUCUACUUUGGCUUUACACACUGUCCUGACAUAUGCCCUGAUGAGAUCGAGAAGAUGAUAGAGGUGGUGGAUGAGAUAGAUGGGAUCCAGUCCCUCCCUAACCUGACCCCCCUCCUCAUCACCAUCGACCCUGACAGGGACACAGCAGAAGCCAUGGCUACCUACAUAAAAGACUUCUCUCCAAAACUGAUCGGGCUAACUGGAGCCAAGGCCCAGAUAGACCAGGUGUCUCGGGCCUACAGAGUCUACUACAGCCAGGGCCCCAAAGACGAAGACAACGACUAUAUCGUGGACCACACCAUCAUCAUGUACCUGGUGGGUCCAGACGGGGAGUUUGUGGAGUACUUCGGCCAGAACAAGAAGAGUAGCGAGAUCAGCGGCUCCGUCGCUGCGUACAUGAGGAAGCACAAGAAGGGAAAGUAGGAGGAGGGGCCUAAUGUCGGAACAAAGACCGUGACGAUGAUGAUGAGGAGGAAGUUGCAAAGCGCUGCCUUCUGCCCCCCACCAGAACUUGGGCACCUUCCAGCACCUUCCUGCCUCUGGCCCAAUGAGAGACGCUGUCCUGUGAUGUCACCGGCGCUGCGGUGUAUUUAUUUGAGACUACUGCAGAGCUAAGAUGUCUGUGAUUAAACAUUCCCCCCUUUCUCUAUGUGUAACUCCAUUUACAGAUCUGCUAUGACUCUAGCAGACCGCAGUCAAUCAGUUAUAAUCAUUUAGUGUUAUGAAAGGAUCUGUAUGUUUGAUUUGCUUCCCAGUGGUGCCUUCAGGGUACUGGUUCAUAGUUUGGUUGUUUUUCGCAGGAGGUGAGACGAAUCACGGGCUCUUAUAUGUAUGUUUUUUAAUCCCUGGAUAACUGUAUAUCUUCUGUUGUCAGAAGAAUCCUGAAACAAAACAAAAAAACAGCAUUGGCUUUGGUUUUAACUGCUUUAUU